AUGCGAGUCCUACUUCCUUUCGGCCACCUGCUGCGCAGAUUUCUACUUGCCGGUUUGAUAGCGAGCAUCGUCACCUCGGCGUAUCUCGACGCGUUUUUACGCGGCCUGCACUCGAACUUGUUCAGAAGGAGCCUCCCAGCAUCUCUUGCAACAGCGCCUCAAGGCGCGGUAGGCUACUAUCAGCCACCCCCAGGUCCUGCUGUCACCUAUCCCUACCGGGUCUUAACAACUUCCGCACCAUCAGAUGAAGAAACGGCGGCAACGACAGUAACCGGUACAAGUAUACCGACAGAAAUCAAACAAGGAUCAUCGAAAGAUGGAAGCAAUGGCUUAAACGAGCCACGGAAGAACAUUGCGAUUAUGUCGGGGACGGUGACUGGAACACAGGUGAUCAUGGAAGCAACACAAGCUGCGACAGCAAAUAGGGAUAUGACCUUAACUUCAGUCGGCUUCUUGCUUUCCAUUUUGCUGGGUAUACUGCACCUGUGA